CAAUUUUAUUUAAUAAAAUGUGAUAUUGAGUCGAAAUACGUAUCAAUCAGAUUAUACGUGAACCUACCGAGGGUCCCCGUGCACUCGGAAGUAAACAACACGCUAACAGAUGCAGCAAAAAAUGGCUUUGGAAGUGAAACGAUCCAAUUAAUCCCAUUUAAGAACAAACUGUAGAAAUAACCUUGCUCUAUCUGCUGCUUUGGGUCUAUUUAGUGAAAGUACUUUAAACUUAUAAACUGGUCAGAAGUCAGCAUCAAAAUGAGCAACAUAUACAUUCAAGAACCACCGACGAAUGGAAAGGUUCUGCUGAAAACCUCAGCAGGAGAAAUUGACAUCGAGCUGUGGUCCAAAGAGACCCCCAAAGCCUGCAGGAACUUUGUGCAGCUCUGCUUGGAAGGUUACUACGAUGGCACCAUUUUCCACAGAGUGGUCCAAGACUUCAUCAUUCAGGGGGGCGAUCCCACAGGAACAGGAACCGGGGGAGAGUCUGUGUACGGCCGUCCGUUCAAGGACGAGUUUCACACCAGACUGCGCUUCAUUCGGAGAGGCCUGGUCGCCAUGGCGAACGCUGGGCCACACGAUAAUGGAAGUCAGUUUUUCUUCACGUUGGGACGCGCAGAUGAACUCAACAACAAACACACCAUAUUUGGAAAGGUCACUGGGGAUACGAUCUAUAACUUACUCAGAUUAGCUGAGGUCGAAUGUGACAAAGAUGAAAGACCUCUGAGGCCUCAUAAGAUCAGAUGUGCUGAGGUUCUGCAUAAUCCCUUUGAUGACAUCGUUCCUCGAGAAACCAAGAAAAGCAAAAAGGACAAAGACAAAGAAGAGGCUAAAAAAUCCCAGUCAAAAGCCACAAAGAACUUCAGUUUGUUAUCGUUCGGCGAGGAAGCUGAGGAAGACGAGGAGAUGGUGAAUCAAGUCAGUCAGACGUUAAAGGGAAAAAGCAAAAGCAGCCACGACCUCCUGAAAGACGACCCCCAGCUCAGCUCCGUUCCAGCCGUUGAUAAGAAGAAGAAAGGGGGGGCUGGAGCUGGAGGGUCAGACGAGGAGGGGGACAGCGACUUGGAAGGUGACAUGGCUGCAGGAGAAGAAUACGACUCGGACAGCAAAGAGAGGAUGAGAGAGCUCAUCAGUAAGAAGCUGAAGAAGGAAAAAGGUUCAGAGAAAGCCGCCGAGGCCGGAGGAGAGGAUGAGGAGAGGGGGAGGAAGACGAGCCGCAGUGAUGAAUUACGGAAAGAGGCUCGCCAGCUGAAGAAGGAGCUACAGGCCAUAAAACAAAGGAAAGAAGAACGCCUGAACCCCAAAGCAGAAGAAACCAAGGAGGAAGAAGAUCAGAAGCCGACCAAUGAGGCGGUGGCUGAGUAUCUGGAGGGGCGGAAAAAGUACGAGGAGCUGAAGACGAAAAAGCAGAAGAAAGGCUCGGGCAGAGAAGCACAGACUCUGGCUCUGCUGGAUCGAUUCAAGUCCAAGCUGUCGACGGCCAUCACUGAAGGUCCUGAGGAGGACGUGGAGGAGCUGGCGGAGGAUGACGAUAAGGGAUGGAUGGCUCACGUUCUGCAGUUUGAUGAGCAAUCCAGAAAAGUCAAGGACGCCAACAUGCAGGACGAGGACACUUUUGAGAUCUACGACCCCCGGAACCCCGUCAACAAGCGCCGGAGAGAGGAGAGCAAGAAGAUCAUGAAGGAGAAGAAGGCCAAGAGGUGAAGCUGCGGGGUGAAAGGUCACGCCACAGGAUGGAGGAGCUGCUGCACUUUCCCAUCACCUCACACCCGAGCUCUGAGGGCAACAUCUGGAUGGAGAAUGCUAACCUAAGCUUUUCUGUGAUGAGACAGCUGCGCAGACAUCAGUAAAUCAUCUGCAGUAACUUCAGUUAAACACAUGUAUUGUUCGGUUUUCUAGCUUGUAACAUUGUGCAGAUUUUUUUUUCUAAUAAAACACAUUUAUGAACAUUU